UACUUACAUACGAUUGAAUCCGCUGCUGCAAUGUUCUCCAUCACUCGAUCGAUCGCUGCUGUUCCUCGCUCAGCUCGUGCAUUCUCUGUCUCUGCACAAGCUCUCUCUACCAAAUCCUACCAGAACAUUCUGGUUUCUCGUCAAGGCAAUGUUGGCAUCGUCACUCUCAACAGACCCAAGGCCCUCAAUGCACUCAAUGCUGCUCUUAUGAAGGAACUUAACGAUGCUCUUGUUGACUUUGACAAGGACUCUACUGUCGGCGCCAUGGUUCUCACUGGCAGUGAAAAGGCUUUUGCUGCUGGUGCCGAUAUCAAAGAAAUGGCUACAAAUACUUUUGUUGGCAACUACAAGUCAAACUUUCUUGCUGACUGGACUGGCAUUGUCUCCAUCCGAAAACCCAUCAUUGCUGCUGUAAAUGGCUUUGCUCUUGGCGGUGGCUGUGAAGUUGCCAUGAUGUGCGACAUGAUCUACGCUGGUGAGACUGCAAAGUUUGGUCAACCCGAGAUCAAACUGGGAACCAUUCCUGGUGCAGGUGGAAGUCAGCGUCUGACUCAGGCUGUUGGAAAAGCAAAGGCCAUGGACCUGGUUCUUACUGGUGACAUGAUGUCUGCUCAGGAUGCCGAAAAGGCUGGUCUUGUUGCUCGUAUUUUCCCUGUCGACUCGCUUGUUGCCGAAUCUGUCAAAUCGGCUGCAAAAAUUGCUUCAUAUUCCCAGCCUGUUGUCAUGAUGGCCAAGGAGGCCGUCAACAAGUCAUUCGAGAUGUCUUUAUCUGAGGGUCUUGACUUGGAACGUCGUCUGUUCCACUGCACUUUUGGCACCAAGGACCAAAAGGAAGGCAUGGCCGCAUUUGCUGAAAAGCGCAAGGCCAACUUUACUCACGAAUAAAUCAAUGCCAAUUGAUUUCUUGCAUUGUUUCACUUGAUGUAUUGCUUUGAUCUUGGCUUGCAUGCCAUUAAGCUUUUCAUCUUGUCCUUUUCUCAAAAAUAAAGUCCAGUAGUUUGAUUUCGCUUUGUUC